AUGCACAUCCUUCUUUACCUUUUUCCCCUGACAGUUUUCAUCACUGCCUUUUGCAUCGAAUCUAUCACAGCAACCACCACCACCACCAACAGCAACAAUGACAAUGACACCACCACCACCGGGCGAUACAUAGUGGUGCUCAAACCCGACAUAGAUACCAUUUCCAUCACCAAUCAUAUUCAGCAUAUUCAAUCAUUUCGUACCAAUAGCAGCAUCAUCCAAAAGACCUCCAUAAAAUACGGCCAUGCUUUCAACAACACCUCCAGCAAUUCAACAAAAGACGACAAAGAAAAUAGCAGUCCAUAUUCAUCCAUUGGCAGCCUACGAUGGUACGCCGGCGAAUUUUACUCAGCAGCCUUUGAAUCAUCCCUGCCAACGGAUGCUAGUGUCCAUUAUUGGGUUAAAGAUGUACCUCUUUCGUUACAAGAAUUGGUUCAAAAAGAUCCACCCAGUUGGGGACUUGAUCGCAUUGAUCAACGAACAGGGCAAAAUGGACAAUACCGUUUUCCUACCAGCCAAGGCGCUGGUGUUGAUGUGUACAUUCUUGAUACCGGUGUCAAAGGCGAUCAUGAAGAACUUGAAGGUCGUGUGCGAUAUGGACCAUCAUUUGUUUACGACGGCGAAACAAAUGAUGCCGAUGCUGAUGAGCAUGGACACGGCACUUUUGUAGCAGGCGUGUGUUGUGGCACCUCGUAUGGCGUUGCCAAGCAAGCCAAUGUUGUAUCCGUAAAGACGCUCGAUAAUGAUGGCAACGGCAUGUUGUCUGAUUUACUCAAAGGCCUUUCAUGGGUAGUCGACCAACAUCGUAAUGACUCAAAGACCGUUGUAAACCUAUCGCUCGGAGCUGAUUACAAUCAAGUUGCCAAUGAUGCUAUUGCUCAAGCUGUAAGUUUGGGUAUUCAUGUCGUUGUAGCAGCGGGCAAUUAUGGUGAAGACGCAUGCAAGUAUUCACCGGGAUCAGCACCAGAAGCGAUCACUGUAGGUGCCAUCGAUCAAGAUGAUUCGAUCGCCUACUAUUCCAACUUUGGCAAAUGCGUCGAUAUAUUUGCUCCAGGCACCAAUAUUCAAUCGACAUGGAAUACAGGUGUUGAUGCCUCCAAAGAGUUGACUGGGACAUCCAUGGCUGCUCCACAUGUAUCCGGUGCUAUGGCAUUAGUGCUUGCCAAAAAGGCAUACACACCCGCUGAGCUUCAACAAUAUUUAAAGAACGUGUCAAGCGUGGUUACAGAAAACUUUGAUAUCGAUGAUAUGGGCAACAACAACAAAACCAUACUAGACAACGCAAUUGAUAGCGGCUGGAAGGUCAAUGGUUACGACCCGAAUGGUACCAAUGCCAAUAUUUUGUUCACCCACCCUACCGACGGAGAACAAUUGUGGGUUUUCGGCACAUCUAAAACCAGUGAUGCAAAGAGAACCCUGCCAUGCUCAUUGGUAGUGAUGCUAUCGGUGGUAAUUGGAUGGUCAUGUUUGUUGUAG